UAUCUGAAGAAUAUCAUAUACUUGUUUCAGGUUGUACCCCCAGAUCAAGCACGUACAAUCUACAAGGCGUUGAAGGAAAAGGGUUUGCCUGUUGCAUUGGUUGAGUAUGAGGGAGAACAGCAUGGUUUUCGCAAGGCUGAGAACAUUCAGUUCACACUGGAACAACAAAUGGUGUUUUUCGCACGUUUGAUCGGGCACUUCAAUGUCGCAGAUCCAAUUACUCCAAUCAAAAUCGACAACUUUGACUGAGGUAUUUUGUUCUGGGGAUUCCAGUUUGUUUACAAGGUUCUGAUGGCAUGUGGAUGGAUAUCUUGCCUUAUGGAUUUACUCUUGUAAUAUCACUGUCCCAAAAAGAGCAUGUACACUAUUGUUUUCUUAUUCCUACUUGCUCAGAAAAGCUUUAUCCUGGCAUUAUAAGAUGAAAGUAGUUAGUUUUUACUCUUAUUCCUGAUACUGUGUUAAUAUUUCUAUAUCAUAUCUAUUGAAAUAACACUUACUCUAGCAU